AUGUGUGCACGUCAUACUUAUGCCAAUUUGAAGAGAAAAUUCAAGGACAUUGAAUUGAAGAACUUAUUUUGGGACGCUGCAAAUAGCUAUCAUAAAGGUGAUUAUGAGCGGUAUAUGCAGGAGAUAAAAGACAUAAACCCAGCGGCAUUUGAGGUCUUAAUUGCCAAUGACCCAAAACAUUGGUGCAAGGCAUUUUUCCGAACGCAAUCACAUUGCGAAGAUGUUAACAACAAUUUUUCGGAGAGUUUCAAUAUGUCUAUAAAAGCUGCUCGACUACGUCCCUUGAUUGACAUGCUCGAAAUGAUUCGGAGGCAAACUAUGCAACGGAUAGCACAAAGAUUAAGGGAGGUCAAGGUAUGUAAGACAUACCUCACUUCACAUGCUAUGAAAGAGUUAGCUAAAAAUCAGAAUGACACACGUUUUUGCAUAUCAAUACCGAGUGGGUAUGAGAAAUAUGAGGUGAUGGAGUCAGGGAUAAGUUAUUCAUUGGAUCUUUCUUCACGGAGUUGCCCUUGUCGGAAGUGGGAUUUGACGGGUAUUCCAUGUAAGCAUGGACUAUGUAUUAUCAAUAACCGAGGAGAGGAUGUUGUAAAGUACGUGUCUGACUAUUUCUCGAGCAGAAGAUUGGAACUGUUGUAUGAACAGAAUAUAAUGCCUGUCAAUGGAGAACCAUUUUGGGUAAAAACUCUGAAAGAUCCAAUAGGCGUUCCCAAAAAGAGAAAGUUGCCUGGUCGACCAAGGAAGUUUAGCCGAAUAAAAUCUGUUCAUGAGUCCAUCAAAUCGGGGAAAGCUUACACGACAUGGAAGACAAAUGACGUGUAG